AUGCAAUCUACGACAAAUCUUGGAGACCCAGUCCAGUGGAUCCUUGAUUCAGGCUCGCAGGCCAACAUCUGCGGGGACCUGUCAUUGUUCAGGACGAUAAAGGAGGACAGGACGAGUCGACUGGACUUUGCGAACGGAACAACUGAGCAUUCAACAAUAUCUGGCACUGGAUUACUGUGUGUUGAUAACCAGGUCACUGGAACUCUGGAGGAUCGACUUCUGGGGGACGUCAUCUACACGGAGAACGUCAAGGACGACAUAAUUAGUCUGGGUUACUUGCAAACGACCGGCAGAUACAAGCUUACCUGUUCGGCAGACCAGCACACGUUCUGGCUUUCCAAAGCAGGAAUGACUUUGAAGUUUGAGAAGAGAGCGAACAUCUAUCGCUUGAAGAUGGAACGUGUAGCAGGUGUGAUGGUGAUGGCAGUCCAGAAGCAAGAGCUCGAUAGAAAGAGAUGUAUGGAGCUGCUGCACCAGAGAUUUAGGCACAUGAGCAUGAACACUAUCAACAUUUUGGCAACGAAAAUUGAUGUUGGAGUUAAAGUGAAUGAACGAGGCUUAGCUCCCUACGAAUGUUUUGCCUGUGCUGGGAGCAAGGCCAAACGAAUGACUUUCGCUCGUGUACCUGUCCGAAAAUACUUACCUUUAGAAAAGCUUAUGGAGGACAUCUGCCCGGUGAAUGGACCGACAGUGGAUGGAGCAACGAUGUUCCUGUUCGUGGCGGACGAAGCUACGCGCUUCAAGUGGGUCUACCUGAUGAUGGCCAAGAGCGAGGUGACGUGGCACAUCAAGGUGCUGGCGAAUCGCCUGUGUGUGCGCUUUCCAGAGCAGCACGUGCGCCGCUUGCAUUCCGACCAAGGUGGUGAAAUUCUUGGUGCUGCAGAAAAGGAAGUUGCCAAGGAACCAAGCGAGGUGUUCAAGGCAAGAAAGCGCAGGAAGCGCAAGAAAAAUGCUGCGGAGGAAAACACGGAUGAAGUUUCAGUCGAAGGCUCAUCUGCAGAGCCAAGUCUGAAGCGACCUCGACGGAAGCAGAAGGCGAACGUGUCACUGGCGGACUAUGUUGUUGGAAAUGUGUUGAUUAUGGGGGUUGCGUCUAUUCCUACGACCUACAAGCAGGCACAUGCAAGUGAACAUUGGCCUCAGUGGAAGGCUACCAUUUUGGCAGAACUUCAGUCGCUGAAGGGUCAUGAGACGUUUGUGCCAAGGAAGACAGCGAAGAAUGCCAAGGCCAUCACCUGUUGCUGGGUGUUCGCUGUUGAACGAGACGAGCGAGACCGUGGGAAACGGUUCAAGGCCAGAUUGCGAGGUUGGGAUGUGCUGCAGUACGACGUCAAGAAUGCGUUCUUGUACGGGGAAUUGGAGGAGCGCAUUUUCAUGGAGCAGCCGCCCGGAUUCCAAGUUGACGGACAAUACUACAUUUGCCGACUGCUGAAAAGCCUGACCGACUCAGAUUAUAGUAUGUAUGUAUUGAUGGAGAAUGGCGAGAUUAAGCUACUGCUGACUGUUUACGUGGAUGCCCUACUGCUGAUGGGUCCACGCGCCAAGUGUGCCAAGUUUGCGGCGCUGCUCCAAGAGAAUUUUGAGCUCACGACGAUAGUGCUGAAGCGGUUCCACAUGGAGAACUGCAAUGUAUGUGCUACACCUGAUGCGACGUCGCCCUCUAAAGCUGACGUGCCGAUUAUGACUGCCUACCUGCCUUACCGGGAACUGGUUGGCGCACUACAAUACUUGUCUACCUGCGACAAUGGAUUAGCGAUGAAUGUGCGAAUGCAGAAGGACGUGCGAAUCCGCAGCUACUCUGAUGCGGAUUACGCUCCUGACCCUGUGGAUUGA